CGACUUUGUGUACUCGAAGACUUGUUUGACAUCGCCGGUUUCUUUUCAGCUCAAAAUGGGUACCGGAAAGAAGGAGGCUACCAGGCGAGAGCGCCAGGGGAAGGUUGGAGAUGGAAUGGCCAAUGUACGGACGAAGGGCGAGAAUUUCUAUCGAAAUGCUAAGAAAGCGAGGCAAUUGAAUAUGUUCAAAGAGGGCAAGGCUCAGCAUAAUGCAGCUGGAGAAGUCACAAAGGCCGCCUCAUUCCAAUCUCGGGAAAUACCCAAUGCACGAAUUGAACCAAACAGGAAGUGGUUCACCAAUACAAGAGUCAUCAGCCAGGAUGCUCUCAAUUCGUUCCGUGACGCCAUGGCCGAACGAGCCUCGGAUCCUUAUCAAGUAUUGCUGAAAAGUAAUAAGCUCCCUAUGAGCUUGAUCAGAGAUGGCCAAGGCGUAAAUGGUGUAAAGCAACAUCAAGCAAAAAUGACAGUGGAGUCAGCGCCUUUUGCUGAAACAUUUGGGCCGAAGGCGCAGCGAAAGCGGGUAAAGCUCGCUGUUGGCUCCAUUGAAGAUCUCGCUGGAGAAUCAGAAAAGAUGCACGAUACGUAUUUGGACCGCUUGGAACAGGCAAAGUUGCUGAGUGGUAACUCCGAAGGGGCUGAACAAGGUGGCGAUUCUGCCUUUGAUGUUGAGACUUUGACCACAGCGAGAGAGCCGGUCUUUUCGAAAGGUCAAAGCAAGCGGAUAUGGAACGAGCUCUACAAGGUCAUAGACUCUUCGGAUGUGAUCAUUCAUGUCCUAGACGCUAGAGAUCCGCUGGGAACAAGGUGCAGGAGUAUUGAGAAAUAUAUCCGGGAGGAAGCCCCUCACAAGCACCUGAUAUUCGUCCUCAAUAAGUGCGAUCUUGUGCCCACUGGUGUUGCUGCCGCCUGGGUUCGAAAUCUGUCAAAAGACUAUCCAACUCUAGCAUUCCAUGCUUCAAUCACGAAUUCCUUUGGUAAAGGCUCGUUGAUUCAACUUCUUCGACAAUUUUCGUCCCUACAUUCUGAUCGCAAACAAGUCUCUGUCGGCUUCAUCGGCUACCCCAACACUGGAAAAUCCUCCAUCAUCAAUACACUUCGCAAGAAGAAGGUCUGCACUGUCGCUCCAAUUCCGGGAGAGACAAAGGUGUGGCAGUACAUUACGCUCAUGAAGAGAAUCUACCUCAUAGACUGUCCUGGUGUGGUGCCACCCAACCAAAAUGAUUCGGAAGAGGACAUUUUGCUUCGAGGCGUUGUCCGCGUGGAAAAUGUUCAAAAUCCUGAACAGUAUAUCGCGGCAGUUUUGAAGAAGUGCAAACCGCAACAUCUUGAGCGCACGUAUGAUGUCAAAAUUACGGGCUCGGCGAUAGACUUUCUGGAGGUCCUGGCGAGAAAGGGUGGAAGAUUGUUAAAGGGCGGAGAGGCGGACACUGACGGCGUGGCCAAAAUGGUGCUGAAUGACUUUCUACGAGGAAAGAUCCCAUGGUACACCCCUCCACCCUAUACUGAAGGUGAAGGGGCCAAGGAUAUUGAGGGCCGUGAGGGUAGAUUGGGUGAGAUGAGAAAAAAGAGAAAACGAGAUGAUGGGCAGGAGCUUAACGAGCUUCCCGAAUCUGACGCGGCUUCUUCCACUGCAGAACAGGACGACUCUGAUUCUGAAGGGGGAGAAUUUGAAGGCUUUGAAGAGGAGAGCGGAAGUGAUGUUGCUUCGUGAUCGCCUGAUCAGGCCCGCGCUAGACAGACAUCAGAACCUUUUCGCGCAUUUUUGAUGAGUCGAGACCAGCCUCCAGCUAGUGUCGAUCUGUUGCAGAUCAUAUAUAACUGAAAGAUAGAUUCGAGAUGAUGGUGAUACCCCGGGGAAUUUGCUCAUUGGUACGAUAAUGAAUGGUAUGGUAGUUCACGGCGUCAUUUCUACUUUAGUUGCAUUGACAUAAGCAUACCACAUACUGACAAGGAGUUACGAUCAUAAAGAAAAGUUUGAUAUUGAAUACAUCCAUCAACUGAUC